AUGUUGUUGGAGGGCUGCAACAUCAACUCCUUCCAAUGUGACGCGUGUGGGCUGCACAUCGGAGCGGUAAAAAGGGCAGAGCAGGGACCGGGCAGCCGCGCGUGUGGGGGCGGGGUCCAGAGGCGCGAGAGGCGGGCGGACCGCGGAGAGCGACGGGGAGCAUCAUCAUCAUCACGGAGCAGACAACAAGUGAAGGAACUGUUGCUCCGUGGAGAUAAUGACCUGAUACCGUGGUCCGAGGUCCGCGGCUUUGGAAACGCAAUUAAACAACCGCGCGUCUGUCCCAGCGCGCGCAGCCAGGACUGUCUGUGGAUGAGGAUGAUGGAGAGGAUUUUAGCGGUGUUUGGACACAAUUCUCCCGCUGUCAUUUCUCCAGGAGCCGCGAGGAAAAGGAGCGAGAGCCAAACUCAAUUGCUUCACACAAAGCAUUAG